AUGCUCACUGUAAAACUAUCGGAGAUUUUAGUUACAGUUUUAGGUAACGAGACUUGUCAAAGAUUGUCAUCAAGUGAAGCUAUAUGUAAGACUUGCAUGAAAUCAACUAUUGAGAGUUACAAGUUCAUUAGAAUGGCAAAGCGAAAUACAUUGUCUUUUAUUAAUAUUAUAGAUAAUCUUACUCACAAUUUAAAGUAUAUACAGCAACAUGAAUAUCAUAAGACAUUAUUUCUACAAUUAGAUACAAAUUACUGCAUAGAAGCGUUUUAUGAUGAAAAAAAAGUAAAAAAUGUCUCUAUUGCCCUUGAAAGAUUGAAAUCAAUAGUUAGAAGCCCCUAUAUAAAAUCAGAAUUUCCUAAAACAGAAAUCAUAGGAGAAAGAAGAAACCACCAUUCAUUUAAAAUGAAAACUAAAGACAUGCUUUAUAACAAGCAUGAUAGAACAAAUAUAAAAUGCAAAGAUUGUAUGAAAGUAUACCCCACAUUGUCUAACUUAAGAAAUCAUUUUAUUCGUGUUCAUGCACCAAAGAAUUUUGAAUGUCCAUCAUGUAAGCGGUGUUUUGGAUCCCCAGCGUUAUUAGAAACUCACCAAAAUGACAGUCAUGUCUCACUAAUUUGCUCAGACUGUGGUAAAACAUUUAACAAUCGUCACACUUUAAAAAUGCACGAAAUUAGUCAUUACUUGAAAAUAAUUUGUAAAGACUGUGGGAGAGUUUACAGAAGCCAAUCAACUUAUAAAAAACAUCUAGAUUUAAAUAUAUGCGGACAGAUGACCCGAGCGUCUCCAGCGAAUGCAAAGUAUACUUGCGAUCACUGCGGUAAGAAAUAUACCCAGAAAGUUUCACUGAGAGUUCAUAUUCAACAUGAACAUGGAAAUUAUAAAUCACAUGAAUGUAAAUGGUGUAAUAAAAGAUUUUGGGCCAAGAGCAGAUUAAAAGCCCAUAUAGUGAAGCACACUCAAGAAAAGAAGUUUCCAUGUACAAUCUGUGGUAGUAAAUUUGUAACGAGAGAGACAUUAUUAUAUCAUACUAGGUCACAUACUGGAGAGAAACCAUAUAAAUGUACCUAUUGUGACCAAACAUUUGUCUCAGCUGCACGAAAAGCAGAUCAUUUGAAAAGACAUCAUACUAAUCUGAUUUUUCAAUGCAGCAUGUGCAAAAUAAAGUACACCACAAAAGUAUGUUUAGAGAACCAUAUAAAAACACAUCGUAAUAAUGAAAAUAAGCUUGUGGAAGGUACCCCUGAUACUCAGUCCAAGGUAUCUGUUGGGAAUAGUCUGUACUUUAUGCCUGAUGAGCCAUACUUAUUAGAAGCUGCUUUAGAUCUUCAAAGAUAA